UUAGCUAUUGCUUAUACUAGAAGUUCUAAAUCUGGCAACACUGUUAGUUACAGUUCUGUUAUUGACUUGCGUCUUUUUGAUUUUGUGGGAGAAUUUGUGUAUAAAUACUAGUUUUUUGUUAAAUUAAAUUCAAAGUGUCUGUUAGUGAAAUGAUAAUCACCAUGAGUUGAAAUUGAAGAAUUGAGUGAUGAUCAAGUUUUGUGUUUGUUGAUGGAGGCAUGCGAUCACAAAAAUCAAUGGAUACAUUAUCUAACCAAUUCUGACAUAUUUCUUUGUCUAAUCACUACCAAAUUUCCAAUGUUUUACAAAUCAUUCUUUUACAUAUCGCCCAAGAAAUUAUUACUGUUUAUUUAUCUGUGGGAAACCAGGAGUGACCUUUUUUUGUAAGGAAAGACAGAUAACCAAUCACAAUGCAGAAUUACGCCUCAUUACAAGAAACACAUGAUCCAGAUGAACAAGGGAUACUCAUUCAUGAUGCUGAACCCACAAGAUCAAAGUGGAAUCACAUAGAAGAUUUGGAUUCUUUCUUCAGUCGAAUGUACAAAUAUCAUCAAAACCAUGGUUUCUUUUGUAUGUUUUUACAAAGAGUGUUCGAACUCAAUCAAUUCGUGUUUGUUAUUAGCUUAACAACUUAUCUUUUUUAUGGGGUUAAUUAUGCCGUUCUUUUUGGUUAUAUUCCAAGUACACAAAAAGUCACCUUAUCAGAUGUUAUCCUUCCAUUGCAUGAAUGUGUGGAGAAUUUUACUAUUUGGACAUGGUUCUUUCUGAUAAUAGCAUCUUCAGUAUGGAUACUGAAAUUUCUAGUGAGAUGCUAUCAGAUGGUUUAUUAUUGGGAUAUCAAACAAUUUUACAACACUGCCCUCAACGUUCAAGAUUGUGAUUUAGACAACCUAACCUGGCACGAAAUUCAGACGAAAAUCAAAGCUGUGCAGUUGGAGCAAGAAAUGUGUAUACAUAAAAGAGAACUGACUGAACUUGAUAUAUAUCAUCGUAUUCUGAGGCAAGAAAAUUACUUGGUAGCGAUGGUAAACAAACGAUUGUUGCCUCCAAGGGUGAACAUACCUUUCGUUGGAGAAGUUGUUUACUGGACGAAAGCAAUGAAAUUCAAUAUGCAGCUGCUUUUUUUUCGGUCACCUUGGUCACCCUUUGAAAAUUCUUGGCAUCUAAGAGAGGAUUACAAGCGGUUAAACCACAGAAAGGAACUAGCCAAAGAAUUAGGCAGCCGGGUUAUAAUUUUGACCAUAAUAAAUGUCAUUCUUGCUCCUGUCAUAUUUUUCUGGCAAAUUCUAUACACAAUAUUCAGCUACGGAGAGAUGAUAAAGCGGGAACCAGGAAGAAUGGGAGUUCGCACUUGGUCUCUGUAUUCAAAAAUGUACUUGAGGCAUUUCAAUGAGUUGGAACACGAAUUACACGUACGACUUACUAGAGCCUAUCGUCCAGCCUCGAAAUAUUUAGAAGCUUUCAAUAGUCCUGUGGUCACUGAGAUAGCACAACACAUCGGGUUUUUGUGUGGGUCCGUCUUCACUGUCAUAAUAGCAUUAACUAUUUAUGAUGAAGACGUUAUAAGUGUGGAGCACGUAAUCACAUUGAUGACAGGUCUUGGAGGUAUGACGGCAAUUUGUCGAGCACUCAUCCCAGAUGAAACUACCAUUUGGUGUCCUGAAUAUCUUCUCCAGUGUGUUGUCUUGCAUACGCAUUAUCUACCAUCCGGCUGGAGAGGUCAAGCACACACAUCGACAAUAAGAGAGGAGUUCCAGCAACUUUUUCAGAUGCGAGUGGUAGGUCUCCUCGAAGAGCUGUUUUCGCCGCUAUUAACACCAUAUUUCAUGUAUCGAUGGAUUUAUCCUAGAUCACAGGAAAUAGUUGACUUUUUCCGUAACUUCACGGUCUCAGUAGUAGGAGUUGGAGACGUCUGUAGCUUUGCACAAAUGGACGUAAAGAAGCACGGAAAUCCAGAAUGGCAAAAAGAAUCGCUAUUCGAAGAUGAAGAAGCACCAAAGACUUCAAAUCAAUAUACCCAGGCGGAGAAUGGAAAGAUCGAGCUGUCUUUGAUGCACUUCACAACUACAAAUCCAUCAUGGGUUCCUCCACCGGACGCACAGGUAUUUGUACAUUCUGUUCAAGAAGAAUAUGAUCUUUCAGACGACUCCGAUCCUCAGUUCUUCAAAAGUUAUGCCAACCUGUUGGACACUGGAUCUCUGCCAGACAUGGAAGUACGAUCCACUAGAACCAAAUCGGUGUUUAUACCAGACCCGUUACGUGGUGGUAGUACGUCAGACAUACGAAAAUCUGUGCGGAUGGCAGAAGGACCUAGCGUGCUGGGUCCAAUAAAUAUGCGAAGUAGUGCAAUAGUUUUACAUGACAGAUUCUAUCAGCAAAGUUUAAGACAAACUCAAUCUUUCGCAGAAACAACGCCUUUAUUGACUCCAAAAACCCAGUGAAGCUUUCUAAUUUUGUCUGAGUUUUGUUAUUGUCAAAUUCAUGGUUGAUUCAUUUUAUAGAGAUAAUUGUGGACUUGGACUGUUUUUUGGUAACGUUGCUUGACAGAUCUCUUUAUGUGCAAUGCCAUAAAUUUAAGAAAAAGUGUAUGUGUGUAAAUAGGCAAAUAAAUUGUGUUCACCCAAAGAAAA